GCAAUUGACGGAGGCUACUCUGACUGGUCUGAGUCAAAGUGCAGUAAGACAUGUGGAGGAGGAGUAAAGACUUUAACAAGAACCUGCACCAAUCCCCCGCCAGCUAACGGUGGAAAGGACUGUAGUGAACUGGGACCAACGAAUAAGACAGUUUUAUGCAACGAACAAGAAUGCCGUGAGUUCUUCUACAAGAUCUUCCAGCAGUUUUUUAUUUAUUCUUAUUCAAAAUCGAUAGUAAUGAGAGAACCAUGCAGUUUCGUUAUUUUAAUAUAAUUCAAUUAUAUCAUCAAAAAGUACGCACAGAAUCGAAAAUAGAUCUACCCUGACUGAAGGCGUUUUGGUUAUGUUCAAUUAGUUGCAGAAGGAUUUUUUCCAAAUGCUGGCUUAGAGCUUUAAAACCAAUUUUUGCGUCUACGUUGAUCAAAGAGAUUGGCCUUUAGUAAUUGAUAAACUUUUAUAUUUAUUUUUAUCUGUAACAUGAAAAUUGUAAAGAUGGAUCAGAUAUGUUCACGACUGAAAAUAAGAAAAGAUGCAUUUAGCAGGAAAUGAGAACCAUGGAGAACACAUUAAUUGCCUAGAUUUUGCAGACGAAUCGUCACUUCUUUUAAACACUAGCUAACUCACCUCUUUAUGCUCAUGAAGAAGCUGGAGUACUCGUAGGAAAAUGAAAUGAAAAAAAAUUGUAUUCCCCAGCAACGACCCGAGCAUCUUUGCAAAAGCCAAGACACUCCGGCUAUAAUUAUGUGAUGAACCUGGUCAUAUAUCAUAACUUUGGAUAGGACUUCAAUAUGCGUAAUGCUCUUGCAUGAGGUGACUGCAACAAACUUCAUUAGAUCCACUGUUUUAAUGUCCAAAGUCUUCUGAAAAUCGAGCAAUACAGAGUUAUUUUUCAGCUUGCACUGUCUUGCACCUCAGCUCAAACACACGUGAAAAAUAUCAUGUUUAUUCACGUGUGUUGUUACGGCUUUUCUCAGGGCUGGAAAUCCUUGUAACUUAUAUGAGAAAACUUUCUAUCAUAUUUAGAGGCUUAAGCAGAGUUACUUAUGGGGUACACAGGUGGACUGAUGUUGCGUAGCUAUUUUAACCUUACUGCUGUCAUUUGUUGCAACUAAAAAACCACUGAUACAUUUCUUCAGAUGUUACUUCAUGUUUAUACGACGCUUUACACAUGAUCCUAUUCGAAUGUACUUGUUCCUGACGAUUUUACGCUCUUCAAAAAAUUUUUAUAUCCCAUGGUUUGCUUCAUGUUUCAUUAAUGUGUAAAACAUCCUGUUAUUUGCAAUGUUGGCACAGACAAUAACCUGAGUUCGAUUCAAGAAAUUAAUUCUACGUUUAAGAUUAGUUCACACAAAUUGGCUCUUCCAAACGACAAUAACUGCAACGUCAAAAACGUAAGAUCGGAGAGUGCUUUAUGUGCCUCAAAUACUAAGACUAGCGCAAAAGCAAGGUACUUCUCUUUCUCAGGGUAAUCUUUCUUUAGAGAUAAGCUUCCCAGAACAGACCAUUUCUAUAACCUGCUGGAAUCACUGACUACGGAAAUGAUUUUGAAAAAAAAAGCCAGGGAUAAUUACCCAAGAGAUGACGUGAAAAGGUACGAUCUCACUAGUCUCCUUCCUCUAUUUUUUUCUUUAUACUAUCUAUGGCGCCUUUAUUUGUCCGCUGAAAGGCACAAAAUCCUACAGAAUUUUUGAAGACUUAGUAUCAUUCUAUCAUGUGAUCGUGUCGUCUGGUCAUCUUGUUGAGAAUAGUCCUGAGAGGGACUGUUGUUGGUAGCAGUGGGUGACAUUUCUACAACCUGAGCGAAAUAAAAAAAAAAAAAACCUGACAUGAAAUGAAAAACCCGAUUGUCUCUUGACUGUGAUGAUGAGUUCUGCUCAGGUAGUCGAAAAGUCAGUCUUCACUAUAGAGGGAUGUUCCCAGGCCUACUCUCACUCGUACGAUCAGACUAUAUAAUCACAUACUACCAUUGGAUUCACAGUAUUUACUGUAUUGUAUCGUGCGUAGGUGGCUGUCUUGACCAGAAUAUGGAUGUGGCCAUUGUUGGUGACAUAUCGAAAAGCAUGAAGAGUGAUCACCGAAGUAAGUUGAUAGGACUGGUUAAAUCGUUGGUGGACAAGAUGGGUGUUUCUCGUGAAGGAAAUCACUUCGCAGUUGCCUCCUUUGGACCGUACGCCGCAAUCCAUACCAAUUUUAACAACCAGAAUAACUACAAAGCGGAAAAUUUAAAAAGAGUCGUUAAUCAGAGAUUUCGUGUUGUUCCAACAAAAGUUGGAACGCGCACUGAUCUGAUUCUGCAAAAGGUCAAUACCGCAUUGUUCACCCCAGCGGGAGGAGACAGACCUGAUGCCAAGAACAUAAUGUUCAUCUUCACUGAUGGAGAGCCCUGGAUUGGCAAGUGGGAUAAAAGAAAAAUGAUUCCCUUUGAGGAUUCCACAAAGGCUUUGGAGGUACUAUCGCUAAACCCUUAUUUAACUCUGAUUUGGUGAAUCUGUCAGUGUUCGAUAUUGACUGUUGGGUAGGAGACAAAGACAGCUUUGAAUAUGAUACGACAUGUUGUAUAUGUUAUGUUGUAUAUGUUGGCUCAAGUACCUUUAUUUCCCUGGUAUUAUUAUUUUCUAGUCUUAUAGUAUCAUACUUCAUCUGCUCAGGUUUUCGAAACAUCCGUCCUAUGAUUAACCAGUGAAAACAGUCCUUUCCGAACCAGUAUAACUUAGAAAAUCAGAGUACACGAUCAUUCGUGACUCUUGGCUUCAAACCGUCAAUUUUUUUUUUCCUUUUCCAGGCAAAAGAUGUAAGCAUCGUUGUAGUAGGGGUCGGCAAGAACUUUCCGGAAAAAGAAUCAAACUUGAAAGACAUAGCUGGCAGUAAAGGAAAAACCCUUCGCUACGGCAAUUUCGACGCACUCUCCGGAAAAGUGGACGAAAUCCUCAAUGAAAUGUGUGGUAAAGCUUUCGCUUUUCUGUUUUUUUUGGUGCUUUUUUUCUUAGAACCAUAGAUUUAAUACCUCUUCAGCUUGACUUUCCUAAACAAAGAUGGAAUUCUUAAUUGGUUCUCAUUUAUAAACUAUUGGAAGGAACACACAUAGAUGACGUCACCAGCAACAACAUUUGGCUUAUCGUGCAAAAUAGAUAGAUUCUAUUUUGCUAUGAGUCUGUACAAAUACUGAAAUACGUCAGAUCACAGAAGACUUUAAAAUGUGGUAAGAAAAUCCUAACUCGUGGAACUCCCGCUUUACUCAUGGGCCAUGGGGCUCCCAUGGCGCAUCGAUGGCACUCCAGGAGCUCCCCGCGGCGCGCUAACAUCGAUUUUUUUCACUGAUUUUUUUGAACCGCGGGACGGACUUGAACUCCUUUACAAUGAGUGAGUGUGCUUGGUAAGAGAUCACAUGGUAGUCAUUUCUCUGAGAUAUUACGCGCACACUAAAUUUUGCUGUCCGUUAUCUCCAGGACUGCCCUUUAAAAUUUAGUAAUACCGAACAAUCCUUAAAAAACAUCUGUAGCACAAACUGUAUCAAGUUCACAGUAAUCAAGGGCCGGCUGAACUUGAUUUGUUUGGAUUAUGUUUGGAGUCUUAAUCGCUUAACUAAGCGAUUUGAGCACGAUAGGUUUGGCUUCCAUUUGAUGUUGCCUCAAAAUUUAGGUCUCUCUGUUGUCAUUUAUCAGAUAUUACGCCUUUUUAUUUACACAGCUCUUCCAUGCACAGCAGGACUGGACAUUGCAAUUGUUCUCGACAAAUCCAAGAGUGUAAAGUUACCAAAUCUCGAAAAGGCUAUCACCUUCAUAGGUGACCUUGUUAAAACAUUCCACCCUGCGCCUGAUGGAGAUCACUUCGGCUUGAUCACGUUUCAUGAGAAGGCCCAAAUGGUGUUUAAAUUUGCCGACUCACAAUAUCAUGAAAAGAACGCCCUCUUGCAGAAAAUAGCCAAAGAACCUCGAAAGCUGGAACUAUACACCCGUACCGAUCUGGCCCUGAUAAUGGCGAGGGAUCAGCUGUUUACCGAGGAAGGAGGAGACAGACCAGACAAACCAAAUGUGAUGAUUGUACUCACAGAUGGAAGACCAACAAAGCCUAAAGGCGACAAAAGUUUUAACUUCAACGAGUUUGCCGAUAAAAUAGCGGAAGAUUUCAAAGUGAGUUUGUUGCUGUCGUUGUUAUUUUUUUUUUUUUUCUCGCAGGAUGUACAAUUGGCACUCAAUCUUAUUUAUGUCAGGAAAGAUUUUUCACUUAUCUGGGUGAAAAAACUUGUAGUUAAACGCAAAGAUACCUUGCUAGCUAUGCAAAUAUGUAUCACAGUCAGUAAUUUUGAUAGCCAUCCCGGAAAUUAAUUCUUAAAGCAACGCAGCACAGCAAAUACUGUGCUUUUGUCUACACAGCUGAUCCAAACUGCUGUGAAGUAGAAAUGCUUAUAGCACAGAGCCCCUGCAUUUCAAGUCUAUCCUUUCAGUCAUCAUCAUUCAAUAUUUUUCUUAGUGUUCAGAUGUCACGUUGCAGAAAAUAUGAAAUUGUGCUGUCGUGCCGUUUUGUUGUUACUUUCUUGCGCUUUUGUGUCAAAGGUGUUGCAAUUAAUUCUCUAAAAGACGUGACUCUGAUCUUCGCAUGAAAUCAAUAACUAUUAAUCUGUGCAGGAGACCACCCGCCACUUAGCCAAGUGUCGUUUCUUCAGAGAAAAUGUUUCAUUAAACUCGAAAACAUUAGGGCAUUUGUUAGACUAAGAAUCAGUCGAUACCUUCAGUGAUAAAAACACUUUUACAUAUGAAAAUUAGCAGACUAUCACCUAUCUAGAAAAGAAAUUGCAUUAAAUUGGAAGAUCAUGCACAUACGAACUUGCAGUAAAAUUAUUUUUUCGAGACUUAAUGUUUCAACUGCGAUCUUCAUUUCAGAGAAGUUUCUUUGGUGUCACCUCUUAUUGUAGUUAUGUUUCCUGAAGUAGUAUUGUAUGGCUUUAUCUAUGCUAAAUUCAUGAUUUAACGUGUCAUUCAUUGCAUGCAUUUAUAAAAGGAUGUUCGAGUAAUUGCUGUAGGGAUUGGUUCUGGUAUAGAUCAGCCUACCCUUCUCUCAAUUGCUCGUGAAAAAGACCAAGUCGUUACGGUCGGAAGCUUCAGUGAGCUGGCAGACGAAAUGAACACAAUAAAAUCAAAGGCUUGUUCCGGUAAGUUUGCAUCAGUCGCGACCAACUAAUUUCCUUCAAGUAAAUGCAGCACAGUAAUUGUGAAGCAUAGGGCUUGUUGACAAACCGAAUUAUGUUGUAACUUUUUUUGUUGUGUAUCAAUAGAUACUUGUUCGCCGAGCUACAUGUAACUGACUUCCACUAAACGUUAACCACGCUUGCUUACUAUCAAUUAAAUCAAUCGAGGUGAAUUAUUAAGGAUAGCUCCAAAAAGUUUUGAAAGAGGGACCCGAUGAAGUUGUAGAAUAGAGAAUAGCUGUCAGACUAUCACUAUGGAUGAAACUUCAUGUACUUGAAAACGGACAAUUAUGAAAAUAAAAUACAAAAACCGAAAGGAAAUUUUCUUAUAGAGGCUUUGAAAUCUAUUUGAGAUUGUCUUUAGCCUUUAAACAUUUUUUAAUGAUUUCCAUCGUUAUGCGUUAUAACGUCAUAAUCAAGUGAAGAUACAAAUUGGCGACAAGAGAAAACGAGCUCGAGUUCCUACGAUCAAUAAAAUUGUAUACCUUAGACGAAAGAAGGCGUUAAAUCAUUCAUAGCUGCUAAAAUAAGUGGUACCUACUGAUUGACCAAAUACACGAUCGAAUUAGCAUGAUUUUCUCUCCAGCACUUAACGGUGGCUAUUCAGAGUGGUCUGAGACUGAGUGCAGUGUGACGUGUGGAGUAGGAGUAAAAACAUCAACAAGAACCUGUACUAAUCCACCGCCGUCUGCUGAUGGAAAGGACUGUAGUGGGCUUGGACCAGCAAAAAAGACAGUUUCAUGCAACGAAGCAAUAUGCCGUAAGCAUUUUAAGUAAGACUUUUCGUAUCACGUAGAGUAAAAUUUCCGAACCAUAUCACCGUUUUUGUUAAAAAAAAAAAAACCACCUUCGUUCUUACAACAGUUGCUGAUCAACUCUGCGUCGUCAUUUGAAACCUAGGUAACAAAAUCAAUUUUAUUCCGAUGGACUGAUUUUAAUAUGCUACCAUGGGAGUUUCCAAGAGAUACAGUUGUGCAAAGUACUAAUAUCGGCUGACCGUAAGUUUUUCGGUGAAAAUAGAAACCAAAUUAAAAGAUAGUACGAAAAAAGGACGAGUGAAACAAAAAAAACAUACGAGCAGCAUUAUAGAGCCUGAAAAAAUGAAAACAAUUAUAAUUUGAAAAAGUUUGUAGAAAUUUUUUAAAAUGAAAACUAACCUUUUAUGCUUAUACUUAACCUUUCAUCACUUGAAUAGAUUGGCGGUAUUUUGUGUUCGGCCUUCCUAUUCGCUUUGAGUUCUAUCCCAGCUGCGAUAUGUGGAGUCUUAUUUUUAUUUAUUGUAGCAAUUUUUAUUUCUUGUAGCAAUUUUUAUUUCUUGUAGCAAUUAUUAUAUAAUGGCACAAGUGAAAAGCUAAGCGUAUGACACAAUUAAACGUGUGUUGUGUGGUAGGGUAAUCAGGAAAGUACCAUAUCACCACACCACUGUUACCUACAAGCUGUAUACAUUUAUGAAAAACAGAAAACUAAUAGGCCAGGGGUGUGGCAAACAGAAUCGGUGGUAAAGAGCGUAGCAAAUGGUGUCGGUGUUAUUGUUCAGUCUCUAAGUACGUCUGUCAUUUGUCAUCAAAGAUGAAUAAUUUGAACGGACCAGCCAGGCAAGUGAAAAUAAGGGGCGGUUUUGGAAUCUAAUAGGUAACGGUGAAUGAGUGAUUGCAAAUCGUAAAAUGGCGUCGAGCUAAAAAUUGAAGGCAUUAUUGACCAUAAAAAAGUUAAACUUAAAAACAUACGGUAUCUUACAUGACCUUGCAGCCUUCUAACAAUAUGAAAGUAAUGCAUUUCAUUUUUCUCUAUUGAAAGCAAUUGACGGUGGAUACACCGAGUUUUCUGAGUCUGAGUGCAGUAUGACAUGUGGAGGAGGGACAAAAAAUCUGACAAGAACUUGUACUAAUCCGCCGCCAUCUAACGGUGGAAAGGACUGCAGUGAACUGGGAACAGCUGAAAAGACAGUUUCAUGCAACGAAGCAGAAUGUCGUAAGUAUCUUUAGUGAGUCACCUAGGGUAAGAGCGGUAUAUUGAGACGUAAAAAAGUUUGUUUACCUGUUCUAUAUGCUAUAGCUGAGGUAAAUAAGCACAACUGAAGUUGCAGCUUUUGGUUGUUUGUAUAGCAAUUGAUGGUGGUUACACUGAGUUUUCUGAGUCUGAGUGCAGUGUGACAUGUGGAGGAGGGACAAAAAAUCUGACAAGAACUUGUACCAAUCCGCCGCCAUCUAACAGUGGGAAGGACUGCAGUGAACUGGGACCAGCUGAAAAGACAGUUUCAUGCAACGAAGCAGAAUGUCGUAAGUAUCUUUAGUGUCACUUUGAGUCACCUAUGGUUAGAGCAGUUUAUUUAGAUGUAAAAAAUUUUGUUUACCAGUUCCAUAUGCUAUAACCGAAGUAAAUAAGCACAAUUUAAGCAGCAACUUUUGGUUGUUCGUGUAGCAAUUGAUGGUGGUUACACUGAGUUUUCUGAGUCUGAGUGCAGUGUGACAUGUGGAGGAGGGACAAAAAAUCUGACAAGAACUUGUACCAAUCCGCCGCCAUCUAACGGUGGCAAGGACUGCAGUGAACUGGGACCAGCUGAAAAGACAGUUUUAUGCAACGAAGCAGGAUGCCGUAAGUAUCUUUAGUGUCACUUUGAGUCACCUAUGGUUAGAGCGGUUUAUUUAGAUGUGAAAAAAAAUUUAUUUACCUGUUCUAUAUGCUGAAAAAUGUCGUAUUUAUUCACGUGCGUUGUUACGGCUUUCCUCAGGGCUGGAAAUCCUUGUAUCAGACUGUAGCUUAUAUGAGACAUACUUUCAUCAUAUUUAGAGGCUUAAGCAGAGUUACUUAUGGGGUACAUGAGUGGAUUGAUGUUGGGUCGCUAUAUAGACCUGACUGCUGUCGUUGUUGCAACUAUAAAACCAUUGAUACAUUUCUUCAGGAUAUUUUAUUCUUUCAUUUUAACAGCUCCUCUAUGCACAGCUGGACUAGACAUUGCAAUUGUUCUCGACAAGUCCAAGAGUGUAAAGUUACCAAAUCUCGAAAAGGCUAUCACCUUCAUCGGUGACCUUGUUAAAACCUUCCAUCCUGCGCCUGAUAAAGAUCACUUCGGCUUUAUCACGUUUCAUGAGAAGGCCCAAAUGGUGUUUAAAUUUUCCGACUCACAAUAUCAUGACGAGAAUGCCCUCUUGCAGAAAAUAGCCGAAGAACCUCGUAAGUUGGAACUAUACACCCGUACCGAUCUGGCUCUGAUAAUGGCGAGGGAUCAGCUGUUUACCGAGGAAGGAGGAGACAGACCAGACAAACCAAACGUUAUGAUUGUACUCACAGAUGGAAGACCAACAAAACCUAAAGGCGACAAGAAUUUUGACUUCAAGGAGUUUGCCGAUAAAAUAGCGGAAGAUUUCAAAGUGAGUUUGUCAUUGUCGUUGUUUUGUUCUUUUCUCACAGGAUGUACAAUUAGCACUCAUCUUACCUUUGUCAAGUAAUGAGUGAAAGGGACCUUAAAGUAAUUUGAAAUAUCAUGCACAUAUCAAACUCGUAUGACAACCUUUCCCGUGACAUAAAUUUUCAAAUGUAAUCAUUAAAUUAGAAAUGUUUUCUAUCGUAUUUUUCCUUUUUUCAUUUAUGCUUUCGUAAAGUAUUUUUGUCUCCAUGCAUGGUUCAAUCCAUGUUAACUUCAUGAUAUCUAACAACGGAUAUUCGUAGUUUAAGGAGCCGAUUACUGCGUGCCUUUAACGCUGUCCUCUCUAUUAGCAUAUACUAUAGUGCAUUAUUUAUUAUAUUUAUUUAUCUUGUUAAGGACAAGGAUGUUAGAGUUGUUGCCGUAGGGAUUGGCAGAGGUAUAGACAAAGGAACACUUCUCUCAAUUGCUGAUAACAAAGAUGAUCAAGUGGUUGAGGUAGAAAACUUCAGUCAGCUUGAAAAGGAGAUGAACACAAUCAAAUCAAAGGCCUGUUCUGGUAAGUUUAAAUCAGCUUCACCUUUCUUUUAA